GUAGAAAGUAAUACAAGUGAAAAACAUAAAUGUUUCGAAUAAGAUCGAAGGUAAAGUACAAAAAAACAAACAAACGCAGAGAUUCACCACCGUCGGCGGAAAUCGAAAUGGAUUCCGAUGAAGAUGUGAGUACAGUACUACCCCUAAGCCAGAGACCGGAAUGGUCCGACAUAACCCCGGUGCCCCAAAACGACGGCCCCAAUCCCGUCGUUCCGAUUGCAUACUCGGAACAGUUCGCCGAAACCAUGAGUUACUUCCGAGCCGUUUAUUUAGCCGAUGAACGAUCUGUUCGAACUCUUCUUCUUACCGCCGAAGCAAUUCACCUUAACGCCGGAAAUUACACUGUGUGGCAAUUCAGACGUGUAAUAAUUGAGGCUCUGAAUGCCGAUUUACAUGAUGAAUUCGACUUGGUUGAACAGCUUGCUAGCAAAAACUCGAAAAACUAUCAGCUAUGGCACCAUAGGAGGUGGGUUGCGGAGAAACUCGGGACGGAAGCUGUUAGUAGAGAACUUGAGUUCACCAAGAAGAUAUUCUUAAACGAUGCUAAACAUUAUCAUGCUUGGUCUCAUAGACAGUGGGUGCUCCUAAAUCUCGGAGGAUGGGAAGAUGAACUUGCUUACUGUAAUGAACUCUUGGAAGUUGAUAUUUUUAACAACUCUGCUUGGAAUCAGAGAUACUUUGUUAUAACAAGACACCCGAAAUUAGGUGGUAUAGAGGCUACACUUGAUUCAGAAGUUGAUUACACCAUAAAAGCCAUCUUAACGAAACCCGAAAACGAAAGCUCGUGGAGAUACCUUCGCGGUCUGUACAAAAACAACAUGCAGUCAUUCGUAACAAAUCCUAAGAUCCCAACGCUUUGUCUGGACGUGUUGACUUCCAAAGUCUACCCCGUGUUUGCCCUUAGUUUACUGUUGGAUCUUAUCUCAAACGGUUUCGAACCAAACCAAGAUCUAAAAAACGCCGUUGAAGCGGUAGUUCCAGAGUCAAACAGUCAAGGUUUAGAUAUUGCAGCAACGAUUUGCACGGUUUUAGAGAUCAUCGAUCGAAUGAGGGUAAAUUAUUGGGGGUGGAGAAAGAACAAUCUUCGUUCGCAAGUUGCCGAGGGAGUUGCAAACCUCAGUAUUCAUUGAAGCUUUGAAGAACAUGUUGUGUUUGUUUUCUGUUAUGAUUAUUGUCUUAGGUUGAUAAAUUGGAUCACAAACAUAAUGUAUUUGGUUUGUCAAUUGUCAAGUGUAAUGUUUAGAAUGAUACAAAUGAAAAAUUACUGUUACAAACUAUAAAUUUGCAACAUCUUUGUGCUGUACCAAAUGCUUAGGGAGGUUUAUUGA